AUGAAGGUCGACAUACUCAUCAUCCUAAUCGUUACUAAUGUCUUCCUCCUCUCCUUAUCCCCACAGCCAGCAGCAGCGGCAAGACGACACUACUCGUCGUCCAACGUCACGGCGGAGAUCCAGGGCAAACACGCCACCCUAACACUCAACGGCUUCCAGAAAGGCGAGGACGGCGGCGGCGCGUCCGAGUGCGACGGCCGCUACCACAGCGACGACAAGAAGGUGGUGGCGCUGUCCUCCAACUGGUACCAGAACGGGAAGCUGUGCCACGAGUGCAUCGAGAUUACGGCCAAAGAAACCGGCGAGACAACGACGGCCAUCGUCGUCGACGAGUGCGACACGUCCGGCGGGUGCAAGCACGACAUCGUGGACGGGUCGAGGGCCGUGUGGGAGGCCCUCGGGUUCCACCACGGCAAGGGCGAGUACGGCGAGACGUCCGUUACUUGGAAGAUGUGCUAA